AUGUGGAGGCAAGAUAUGACCGAAAGCGUUUCGUCAAGAAAAAAAAACAUACCGAAUCAAAUUGGCAGCGUUUUAGAGCAAUUCCUUUUCCAACCGCCUCGCUUCCUUUCCGGUCCAGACGCAACUCGACCAGAAACGUCAUCGCCACCACUUUUGUUCCGCCUUGAUAAUGGCCUAGUACACUCACCUCCCACUAAAGGCCAAAUGCGGUGCUAUGUUUCGGUUUUGGCCGAGAUAAGGCGUCCGUAUCUCAACCUCUGCCCCCGGGAGGCUUUGCGAGUUUGUUGACGGUCUAUUUUAGGACUCUUCCGCGGCUGGAAACGAUGGCAAGUAUCCUGUGGCCGGAGCCUCUGUCAAGCGCGCAGCUGAAGCGGCUGGAGGAGCACAAGUACAGCGCCUCGGGUCGGUCCCUGCUGGAGCCGCCGUGUCAGAUCUACUGGAACUGGCUGGUACAACAAAUACCGACAUGGGUCGCCCCGAACACGCUGACUAUAGUGGGGCUAAUCGUCAACAUCGUCUCCACGCUUCUGCUUGUGUUUUAUUGUCCCACGGCCACAGAGGAGGCUCCAGCCGGGGUCUUCAUUCUGAGUGCCCUGGGUCUCUUCGUGUACCAGUCUCUGGACGCCAUCGACGGCAAGCAGGCCCGCCGCACAAACAGCAGCUCCGCUCUGGGCGAGCUCUUCGACCACGGCUGCGACGCCGUCUCCACAGUGUUUGUCGCCGUGGGCACGUGCAUCUCCUGCGGCAUCGGCAGAUACCCAUACUGGAUCUUCUUCUGCGGCUUCAUCGGGAUGUUCAUGUUCUUCUGCGCCCAUUGGCAGACCUACGUGUCGGGAACCCUGCGCUUCGGCUUGGUGGACGUCACCGAGGUGCAGUUCGCCAUCAUCACCAUGUACCUGAUGUCGGCAUUCGGGGGUGUGAGCCUUUGGCAAAGCACGUUGCCCCUCGUCGGACUGAAGCUGUACGUCUUCCCCAUCAUGGGCAUCAUCGGAGGCGCCGUCUACUCCUGCCACAACUACUUCCACGUCAUCUUGAACGGCGGCGUCGGUAAAAACGGCUCCACGGUGGCGGACACCAGCGUGCUGAGUCCCGGCUUGCACAUCGGCCUCAUCCUCACGCUGGCCUUCAUCAUCUUCAAGAAGUCGUCCAGCCGUCUCUUCGAGCAUCACCCGUGUCUCUACCUGCUGGCGUUCGGCAUGGUCGUCUCCAAGAUCUCCAACAAGCUUGUGGUGGCGCACAUGACGAAGAGCGAGCUGCACCUCCCCGACACGGCCUUCAUCGGACCGGGCCUCCUCUUCCUCAACCAGUACUUCAACAGCUUCAUCGAUGAGCACAUCGUCCUGUGGAUCGCCAUGGUGCUCUCCCUUGUGGACCUGACUCGCUACUGCACGGGCGUGUGCCUCCAGAUCGCCGGCCACCUGCACAUCCGAGUCUUCAGCAUCACGCCACCGGGCCCCGCCCACCGUGACUGACGGCUUGCCCGGCGGGAGGAGGCGGGGGGAGAUGCGGACCUCUCCCCGCUCCUGAAAGCAGACGACGAAGACGAGCAGAGACCAUCCACCCCGAGCCUCGACCAAGUGACCAUCUCCGCCUGAAAAGGAAAAAAAAAGAAAACCUGCCUCGCUCGCCAAAGGAAAAUAACGCUCCCGAAUGUUCCCAAAAAUAACCCAAAUACCAAAUUGUUCUUUUUUUUCAGCCAAA